AUGAUUGAGGUCAGAAAGUACCAGCUACCGCCUACGGAGCUCAUUCCGAACUCGCCACGCCCUCUCCUCCACUAUCCUGGUAUUUUGUCUUCCUCGGCCUCCAUCUCAACAGCAGCCUACGACGCUUUUUCUGAUAACGGAUGGCGUGUUCAGUGGAUCUUCCGCUACGGUUCCACCCAGGACUCUCACUACCACUCAGCAACUCAUGAAUGCAUGGCUGUGCUCUCGGGAACUGCAACCAUCCGAUUUGGCGUGGCCGACACUGAUCCUGACCUCAAUGGGGGUGCUCAUGGUUCCGGCAGGGAAGACGGCGGAAUCGAACUUCAGGCACGCGCCGGCGACGUCUUUGUCAUACCCGCUGGUGUCGCGCACAAGACAUUCAAUACCGAGCCCUCUGCCGAGUUUAAGCUUCUCACUCCUGGUGAUGGCCAUCACAUAGCGGCCAAGGAUGUGAGGAGUGCUUUGGGGGAGCUGCAGCUCUCCGGCUUCACCAUGAUUGGCGCAUACCCCGAAGGCGGCGCUUGGGACUUUGCGAAAGGGGGAGAGAGCGCUGGUAACUACGAGGCCGUAUGGACAGUGGCAACACCGGAGAAGGAUCCUGUGCUGGCAAAGGCCGAAGAAGGUCUCUGUGGACAAUGGAAAUAG